AGAAACGGAGAGAGGGGGAUGCAUAAUGAAGGGGUAUGAAAAUGAAGGGAAGAAUCAGGAAUACGUGAUUUGUGGGGGAAAAAGACUUUGUGUUACUAUUUUUUAGUAAAAUAAAAGAUUGUGGAUUUGUUAUAAAACUGAUUUUACUUUUCCCAAAUUGAGAAGUUUCGAUGCCAUAAAGAUUGUGAUUACGAUCGCAAAGAUUGCGUCUAAUAGGGAUUUUUCAAGAUUUGACUGAGUUUUGAGUAGGGAAGAUUGGAUUGAGAAUUGGGAACGGGGAAGUGCUAUUAAAAAAAGAAAGGAGGAGGAAGAGGAGGAAGCAACUCAGCAUCUGCGUCUCUAAUGGGGCGAAGCACAAAACUGAGGGACCUGAUAGGAGCCAUCAAGGACAAGGCUUCGCUGAGCAAAGCAGCUCUUCUCUCCAAGCCAAACACGCUCUCUCUCCACCUAUCCCUCCUCCGAGCCACCACUCACGAGCCCUCUAUUCCUCCCCAUGACAAGCAUAUCGCCGCCCUCCUCUCCUUCGGAAACAGCUCACGCGCCACGGCCUCCGCCGUCAUCGAAGCCCUCAUGGACCGCCUCCAGAACACCCACGACGCCUCCGUCGCCAUCAAGUGCCUCAUCGCCGUCCACCACAUCAUCAGACGCGGCAGCUUUAUCCUCCAAGACCAGCUCUCCAUCUACCCCUCCACCGGCGGCCGAAACUACCUCAAACUCUCCGGCUUCCGCGACUCCUCUGAUCCGAUCACGUGGGAGCUCUCUACUUGGGUCAGAUGGUACUCUUGCUAUCUCGAACACGUCCUCUCAACUUCGAGAGUCUUGGGUUUCUUCCUCUGCUCUUCCUUGUCCACCGUGAACAAAGACGAAGAAGUAGAGCAAGUUUCAGCUCUCACGAACCAACAGCUGAUCCGAGAGAUAGCGUCUUUGGUGGAUGUCAUCGAGGAGACUUACAAAGCACCCGAUUCUCUACACGUCCACGGCGACAGAUUACUCAGCGAGGUCAUGAACUUGGUCGGCGACGAUUAUCUAUCUGCAAUAAAUGAGGUCUCCCUCAGAAUCAAUGAGUUCGGAGAGAGGCUGAGGGCUCUGAGUUUCGGAGAAUCAGUUGAGUUGAUGUGUGCUUUGAAAAGAUUAGAGAAUUGUAAAGAGAGGUCCUCGAUCCAGCCCCAUCGGAAGAAAGCUUCAAUGGAGACGUUCUGGGGAUUGGUGAGUGAGAUGAAAGAUAGGGUUGGAAAGGAGUGCAGAGAAGACGCUAGAAUGGUGAUGAUAGGGAGGAGAGAUAGGGCAUGUGAGUCGGCUCGGUUGGGAGAGCGAGUUCUGAAGUCGAGUGACUCAGUCCGGUUCGGUUCAGGAAGACUGGUCUCGAACGGGUUUGCCUUUUCAAUUCUCGAGUCGGUCGAGUCGUGACGAUGUGACAUCAAAAUAUCAGUCAUCUUCACGGAUAUGCCUAUUUUAGCAUCCUUGUCUUUUUUAAUACAGUAUGUAAAGUUUACCCUGAUAAUCUGGGGAAAAAAAAGAAAAAAAAAA